UCCUCGAGAAGGAGAAGUACUUGUCAAGAUAGCAGCGGCGGGAGUAAAUUUUGUUGAUCUCUUAUAUGUGAGUGAAGUCUAUUUGUCGAUCUUUCCGUUGCUAGCUAUUCAUUUAAAAUACCCCAAUUUUCGGCUCAAUGUCUGUCUGCUUCACAAAUGCACCUUGCUCCUCAUACUGAAUAUAACCCCAAUGUUCGUCCACAAAACGUUACUUCAACCAACAUUAUUUACCCUCAACAUCUUGCCCAUUCGAAGUCAACAACUCACCACCCACCAGGCCCGAGGUAAACACCAAAACAACCUUACCCUCACCAAACCACCCUUCAUCCUCGGCCUCGAAUUCUCCGGCACCGUUCUCUCCUCUCCCCCAUCCUCCCCUUUCCGCCCUGGAGACCUCGUACUCGGCAACGCCCAAGGUUCCUUUGCAUCCCACAUCUCCGUCCCUCCCUCCUCUCUGCACCACAUCCCACCCACUUUCUCACUCCUCUCCGCCGCUGGCCUCGCAGCCACUGCCCCAGUGAGCUACCGAGCGCUAGUCCUCCGUGGUAAAUUGAAGAAGGGGGAAACUGUGCUCGUUCAUGCGGCAGCGGGAGCGCUAGGGUUGAUGGCUGUUCAGAUCGCGACAGCGGUUGGUUGUAGAGUUAUUGCUACGGCGGGAUCGAAGGAGAAGGUGGAUGUUGCGAAGAGGUUUGGUGCUGAUGAGGGGCUUGAUUAUGUCGAGGAUGGAGAUGAGUGGUGGGAGAGGGUUUUAGAGUUGACGGGUAGAGAAGGAGUGGAUGUUGUUUAUGAUCCUGUGGGACUUGUUGACAAAAGCUUGAAAUGCCUCAAGCAAAGGGGCCGCAUACUAAUCAUAGGAUUCGCAGGCACAGAAGGGAAUAUUGAAAAGAUAGCCAUGAACAGAGUUUUACUACGGCAGGCCCAGGUAAUAGGCUAUCGGUUCGGCAUGACCGAUAGAAUAGAUCCAGCAGAAACAGCCAAGAUCUGGGAUGGUUUAAAUGAGAUGUGUGAACAAGGUCUACUUAGACCAACAGUGUACGAAAAAGAGGAAUACGUGGGACUUGAGAGCGUUGUACCAGCGAUGAAAGACCUUGCUUCGAGGAAAGUAUGGGGAAAGGCUGUGAUAAGACUGGAUGGUGGAGAACGACCGAAAUUAUGAAAAAAAUAAUUGAACAUAUGCGAAUUUCA